AACAUCCUGAAUUUGACAGUCAUGCACUGUCUGCCACAGUGACUGUCAUUGUCGGUAAAAAGAUAUAUUUGUUUAUUUAUUAAUUAAAAGUGUUAAAUUUAAUGAAAUGGAUAACAUCGGAAUAAAAAAUGAAUUCUUUCCGCACUACGGCACUAUAUCUUAUUGCCACGCAUGUUUAAGCUCAGACAGAGUUCUUUCAACUGUGACCGAUGUCGAUAUCUAUUGCAAAAUCUUGGAUACUCAGAAUAUGAUGCUUCCAAAUGAACUAUUCUUAUGCUGGGAAUGUAUAGCAAUUCUAAAGAAAAUAAAGAUGUUCAAACAGAAAGUUGUAGAAGCCCAAAGGAUUCUUCAAUUUUAUUACACUAAUAAACAGGACCCCAUUCCUAACUCUCUUUCAAAUCUUACCCCUCACACCACCAACCACCAGAUAUGUUUAAUAUAUGAAGAGAAUGAAACAAAAGCUAUCAAAGAAGAGAUUGACAUUUACAAUGACUUUGAUAACUUUGACAAUGACAAUAUUAAAGAUGAACAUGAGCCCAACGAACCUAAUGUCAUGGUAUUGGAUAAUAUUGAUGUUACGGAAACCAUUCCGGUAACAUCAAAUGAUUGGAAAGAAUUUAACAUGAAAAGAAUAAUGAAUAGGAAAGCAAAGUAUAGAUUUUUGAAUGCUAAACUCAGGAAACAUAGAAAGUUGUUAGUCAGGAAGAUACCAAUAGAGCUUGGUGCAGUUUUGACUGGCUUGGAAGAGGAAAGGUGCAAUGUUUUGUUUUUAAAGGAGGAGUAUAAAUGUGUGAGUUGUGUGGUAACGUGGCAUGAUGAAGAUGGGUUGGCUAAACAUCAGAAGAAGUAUCAUGAUGAGGCAAUUGGACCAUACCAAUGCAAAAUAUGCCAGACCCGCUGCCCAUCUCAGGACAAGCUUCAAGUGCACCGGAUGAAGCACUAUUACCAAAGGGAGUGCAAGGUGUGCUGGCUCCAGUGCUGCUCGCAGCCCAACAUGGACCGACAUCUGGAGCAGCAUGACCGCAUGGUGCAGUGUUUGGCCUGCGAGCUGUGUUUCAAGAACGUGCGGUUAUUCUACAACCACUACAAGGAGUUACACGCGAAGUUUGUUUGCGAUGUUUGCGGUAAACGAUGCAAGUCGCGCGCCAUCAUUGAGAAACAUCUUAGGUACCACUUCGGCUACGAAUGCCCGUACUGCAAGAAGAAACUAAAGAACUCCACGUCAUACAAAAACCAUGUGGAAACGCAGCACACAUCUUCCGUCUCAGACAGCUCGUACUGCGUGCAGUGCGACAGGAGAUUCACUAGCGACCGCAUGUACAAGCGGCACUUGCAGAGCAGCGCCGCGCAUGCGGCAGAGCGGGAUAACACUAGGGCCAAGCGAAAAUACCCAUGUCCUGAGUGUAACAACGUGUAUUCAAGGCGCACGUAUAUGAACAAUCACUACCGACACGUGCACGCCAAGCAGAGCAAGUACUACUGCGAGGACUGCGACCGGCAUUUCCUGAACCGGACAAGGUACCUGGACCACAGACGGUUCCAGCACGAGGGCGUGAAGAGAGACAAAGACAAACUGUGCAAUAUAUGCGGCCGAGGUUUUGCGGCAAACAGGACGCUAGUGAACCACAUCCGUACCCACUCCGGCGAGCGUCCGUUCUCGUGCGAGUACUGCGGCGCCAAGUUCACGCAGAAACACGCAAUGCUGUCACACGUGAAAUAUAUACACCUAAAGAGCAAGCGUAAAGCUAGCUGGCACGAGUAGCCACGUGCACCUGGGUACCCGGAUCCGAGAGAGGCCUGCUAGUUGAUGCAAUAUGCUAUCACACGUAGGGUUAACAGAUACAAGGUUUGAAUUACCUGACAAAAUACCUGGUUUGCGAAUAUUUUUCCUGACGCUCAUAUCGGCGAUGGUGACCGGUUAGCGGGGGGGGGGGGGUCUAGCCGUACCGAUAUUAUAGAUUAAGUUGUUAUUUUUUUUACAUUGUUUACGUUUUGUUUUGGAUUUAUGUACAUAAUUAAAAUAAUACAAUAUAAAAAAGUCUAUUGAUUUAUUCAAUUCGUGCCAUUUUCGUAUUCCGGCCGCAUUCCUGACAAACGGCCUAAAUUCCUGACGUCUGGUAAUCACACCCCCAGGUACCCAAUUCUCGAACUACCCCCGUCUAACUAUUUUCA